AUGACUUCAUUAACUUCUACAAAAACAACAAAGUCAACAACUCUAAAAUUUGAUGAAACAACUGAUUUUAAAUAUUUAUUUUCACAAUCUAACGAUGUUCAACCUUUCCUUCGUGCUAGUCUUUUUGAUAAUGUGCCUCCAACAAUACUCUUUUAUGUUAAGGGAACUAAAGUCAAAAAACCUCAUAAUUAUACUCAACAACUUACCUGGUGCAACAAUUCAUUAUUAGCUUUGGUUGUACGUCACAGUUUACUCGCAAGCCAUUUCAAAUUAGUCGAAGAGGAUCAAUUUUGGUUUGGAUAUUGGGGAAGACAUUUAAAAUCAGCUCAAUAUCAAACUUUAAAGCCUUGUCAAAAAGUCAAUCACUUCCCUGGCGCCUUCCAUCUUGGACGUAAAGACAGACUUUGGUUACACUUAUUUGACAUGAUGCAGCGCUUUCCAGAUGAUGAAUUUUGCAUAAUGCCUUAUACUUAUAUUUUGCCUAAAGACAUUAAAAGGCUCAGGGUUUACUUGUCAAUGAAGGCUACUGUUCGACACGUUAUUCUGAAACCUCCAGCUUCAGCUAGAGGAACAGGAAUUAAUAUUAUUUCACGUUUUAAUAUGGUGCCUGAAAAAACUUCUUUGGUCGCCCAACAUUAUAUUGAAAGCCCUUUUUUAAUAAAUGAUUCGAAAUUUGAUUUGAGAAUUUAUGUGUAUGUUACAAGUUAUGAUCCUUUGCGUAUUUAUGUUUAUAAGGAAGGAUUAGUUCGGUUAGUUUUUUGUGGGGAAUAUUUUUUUGGGCUAGGAUUUUGGUUUCCGUUAAGAAGUUUUAAGGAAUUGUUUUAAAUUUUAAGCUUUAGGCUGAUGUUCCAACUACAGCUAAAAAUUUUUUAACCUUUAUUAUUAAGUAUUUGGUCGACAUUAAUUUUUUAAAUUUUAUUGUAGAACGGGGAAGUUGUUUUAAAUUUGUUCCAACAGCGGAAUAAAUUUCAAUUGUAGAGG